CUUCGUAUCACCUUUAAACUAAGCGUAUGCAUGAUUUACCACUUUUCCUUCAUAAAGGAGCAUAGUCGCAACUGGGUCGAAGGUGGUUUCAUCGGAACGCCAUAGCAACCGUCGGGGGAAAAAAGCGAUAUCGGCCUCUGUCAAUGCUGCGGGCUUCCCUUCGCGUUCGCGUCCAUUUAUUUUCCGCCGUUGUACCCCACGCAAAGCUCUUUAAUGGGGGUGCGCCCUUGACGGCGAAGGAACUUGAGGUGGCGCGAACGACGCUUGCGGAGUGGGACGACCUUCUGCACAGAUCGGGUUUGAGGGAUGCGGUAGGUUCCCUUCUAAACCUGGACACCCUACCCAAACGUCGGGCCCUGAUUCGGGCGAUGGGGGAGAGCAUGGAUGUCCUUCGCGGCGAGCUUUACAAAAAAACCUGCGUUGAUGUCUACCAACGCGUCCAAAUCCACGAGGCGAUCAUGGCCGCCGGGUUUUACCAACGAGCGAUCGAUACGAACGUAUUAAAAGGUGAAAGUGUGCGGUUCGUAUUAAACCAUUACAACUUUGACGUGCGCCGUGAUGUGAUUAUUACCAAGGCGGUGCAUGACGCACUUUUGGCAAAAAAAGAGGUGACUUCGGGGUCUGACAAGUUAAUCCGCGAUAUACUACUGCUAGAGCGUCGGCUUUUUGGAAAAUACCGCUUCGGCUCGACCGGGGGACGUCACUGGCUUAUGCUUAGUAUGGCGCUCUCAGAUAUCAAAACAAAGGCGGAGAUUGAACGACUCAUGAGUUUGCCGUCUAUUAAAGAGGAGGGAAACUUUAGUCUGACUGUAGAUGGUGCCGAAAAGUUGUGGGAAACACUUACACUCAUACCAAAGGAGGAGAGCGAAAUAAGCUUUCUUGAGACGGCGGAUCUUCAUAAAUUAGUAAACACUGCCGAAUUAUCAUAUAAACUGCGUGUGCAGAAGCCGCUCAAGCCUAUUUCUUUCUCAGAUCGCUUCAAAGAGGCCCUGCUCCAUUACUGGGUCAUAUGGUUUUCGUUGUGGAUAAUGUUUUUCAUGGUGGACGAAGAAAUCAUCACAUUAGUGGCGUUAAUUUUCAUGAAACAUCAGCAAACGCAACGUUUGCAUGAAGAAGCCAAGAAGACGAAAGGAAAGGUUUACGUGGCAUCCUCAACAGGAUCUUUUGGUUAAUGUUUCUUUUUCUUCAAGGAUAGUUCCCCCUUAGUAUUAUAUAUACAUGGUAUUGAUUUUCAUUGUUUCACGUCUACUGGUAGUUGUAUGUCUUUUAUACAUACUGAGAAGAACAACAUAUCUUGAGCUCCAGUUUUGACGUUUAAGUUAAUUGAGGUAAGGAGGAAGUAAAUAUUCUUAGGUGUCCCUUAUAAA